AUGCUGGAAGGCCUCGUUAACCAAUUGCUCUACAGGGCCAAUUCCGAGGCAGUCAGUCGGGCAGGAACCUCGACAUUCGCCCUCAAGAAUCGACCACGAGCCACUCGGGCGAUUGUGAAGAAGGUCCGCACUGGAUGCAUUACCUGCAAGCGGAGGCAUGUGAAAUGCGACGAGCAAAAGCCCGCCUGCCAACGGUGCAUUAAAUGGGGAGGCCAGUGCGAGGGCUACCAGAAGCGACCCGAAUCGGCUGCAGCGAGCGAAAACCAGGAGUCGGAAGCCCAGAGCUCAGCGAGCGAAGAGACGAGUCCCCGAAUCCCCACAUCGCCCGAAGCCGAGGGCCAGCUGCCCUCUUGGUACCCCGCCAUGAUGGCUGAGAGCAGGAGGCUUCUGUAUCUCAGAAAUCACACCGUUGUCCCCAUGGAACCUGGAUCAUCGCCGGCUUCGAUGACCACCCCACCAAUGGCGGGUACCCAGGGGCAGCAGGAUGUUUUCUGGAGCACGACCGUCCCGCUGAUGCUUCGAACCAAUGGGUCGGUCUGGGCCGCCAAUGUGGCGAUCCAUGCCCUGAUCGAGUCCCUGAGGUCGAACAUGACGGGCGCUUUCACAGAGGAGGGUCGCAAUGCUUACAGUCGGGCGCUGAGGCAUCACGGCUCCGCUUUGGCGGAGCUGAGGAACGAAGCGAUGGGCAGCGGCGAUCUGGAAUCGGCCACCGUCUGCUGCUUGUUCUUCGUCGUUUUCGAGAUGCUUCACGGAGACGAGGUUGCGGCAAGGACGCACAUCUACAAUGGGUGCAGAAUGAUUGACGAGCUGCAGAGGAGCCGGGGGCUUCGACCGGUGCGGCCUACCGUUGAGAACGCGAUGCUCUGGGAGCUGCAGAAGUCGAUACGGUUUUUGAUGCUGCAGACACACGGUGCCAAUCACGGACAGGAGCUGGAUAUGUUGGGUAGCGCUGGACCUUCAAUUUUUUAG